UUUAUACACCUCGGCCAGUCCAAAUUGAUGUCAUACAAUAGAUAAAUCAACUCGGAUUGUAAAUUAUAAAGUGUUGUGUACAAAUCAAAAAUAUAAAAAAACAAAUAAAAUACGAGAGAAUAAAUUAAUAAUAACAGCAAUAAAAUAAAAUAUAAAAAAAUAAUAAAAAUUGUUAAAUGGAGACUGCGAAAAUGCGUUGGUAUUAUCGUUCUUCAAGUUAUAGCUCACUUAUAUGGAAGUACAUGAUUUUAGAUAACGAGUUACGUUCUCUGUUUCAUGUUGGUCAUGAUUGCGGAUUUAUUACAAUUAUAACUGUUAUUUUAACGAUUGUUAUUUUUAUAUAUGCAAUUAUGAGUACAAAAGUCUUCAAGUCAAACAAGACACUGUGUCAAGUAUUGCAGAACGAGGCGGCCGAGAAACUACCAAGGAAGCGGAGUAUUUUGAAUGUGAGACCGGCAUACAAUUGUAUUCACAAACACCUGCAGCAAACUGAUGUCUUUCAAGACAAAGCAAAACGUACGGUGAGUAAAUUUAUAAUUUAUUUUUUUAAAAAUAAAUUGGAGAAAACCCGACAAAAUAGAGUACUUACUUCUGAAAUAAUAAUUCAGAUCUAA